AUGGAUGACAUAGAAAGAAUUCGGCGACAGCAGGAGCCUCGUCUCACGGAUGAGGAGUACCAAAGAAUGCUGAAGCUAUUGAGUGACGGACAGAACACGAAUGUUUCCCGGUUCCUGUAUGAGCUGCUCCAAAACGCCGACGAUGCUCAUUACGGUCCCAAGACGCCCCAGGUCAUCAUUCGGUACAGUGAUCGGUACGUGCUCUUCGAAUCGAACGAAGUUGGCUUCAGCAAGGCCAACCUCAACUCUAUUUGCCGAGCUACCAUGAGCACCAAAAGGGGCGACGAAAACGCCAGGGACCAGCGCAGGUCGAUAGGCGAGAAGGGAAUUGGCUUCAAGUCCGUCUUCAUGGUCGCCACCUCUGUUUGGAUCAAUUCCGGCUUCUAUGCAUUUCGUUUUGAUGCAGAUACGCCACUCGGCCGAGUACGCCCUAUCUGGGAUGAGGACUGGCCUAGCCGGCUCACAAAGUCGAAAGGAUUUACAUCCAUCUUGUUAAUGCUCCCCGAUAACAAGAGGCCCCCGACAGAUAUGAAGAUUGUAGAUCCUACAGAGGUCAUCCGCGGCAUGAAAGAACUUGAUCCGAUGGAUCUCAUUUUCCUGUCUCGGCUGAAGAAUGUUCACAUCCAGUUGGUAGAUGAUAACGGCUUUGCGAAGAAGAUACUGGGACCUACAAGAUGGCAGACCACUCUGAAGGUCGACGCGAUCCCAGAAACCGUCAAUCUCUUGAUGGACAUGGAAACCCAUCGUGAUGGAAUUCGUGAAUUAUGUGUCGUCUUUCGAUAUCCCGUUGCCGGACUCCCACCAAGCUCGGACAGACCGAAUCUUACUACGUCGGAGUUAAUAUUGGUUUUCUCCCGAGAUAUGGGUGUUUCAAGCGGCAAGCUGAUAUUCUCAUCUAGGAGGAUGUACGCUUUUCUUCCUAUAAGGGACUACGGUUUCAAGUUUACCAUCCAUUCGGAUUUCAUUCUCGUGUCGAAUCGAGAAGAUAUGGAGCCAGUACAAUGGAACAGGGAGAUUGUAAGAAGAAUUCCUCAUGCGCUUGCGGAAGCCGUUGAACAAUUCAAGGGGAAGUAUCCCGACCUCUGGGUCAAAUGGCCAUUGUUACUACCUCUGAACGGACUCAGUGGUGACAUAUUCCGAUCUAUUCCAGAAGGAAUAAAGACAGCUUUUUCUUUGAGAAAUGUACUCGAGGAUGCUAAUGGACUUUGCGUUCGCCCCCACGAAGUGAGAAUUGUUCCAAAGCAUCUCAGAGACAGACAUGGAACCCCAUUCCUCCCACAUAGCUGCUCAAAAAUGCACGUUUUAUCCGAGAAAUACUCCGAGGAAGCGAGAGAUAAACUCAUCGAGCUGGGAGUAGAAUACUUGUCGCACGAAGCUUUCCUUCAAGACCUUUCAGUUUUCAUCUUGAACCACCACACUGAGUUUGUGCAAAAGUCAGACCCGUGGCAUGACGAGCUCUGUAAGCUUCUGUCGGACCUUCUCGACACAUACAAAUACAGAAAGGUGAUUGAGAGCCUGGAGCUGGUCCCUCUUUCAAAGACGUUACCAAAUGGUGACCACGAAUGGGUCUCGCCAAAAGCCGGCAAGCUCUAUUUUCCAGUUGAAACUCGCGGCCUUCGGUUACCGCCGUGUAUCGAAGGGUGUAAAGAAUAA